AGAGACGGUGUUAGAGAGGAUUGAAACAAGUUGAGACGGGUUAUGAAUUAAGGACUAAGAGAUUUUUAUUUUUUAUUUUUAUUGGCAGAACAUUUGGAAUACCAUCUCCAACUCAAAGUAAUUUUGGUACAAGUACCGUCUCAAAGCCAUAAUGGCAGACAGCAGCAGUCCCCCAUUGUCAUCUUUCAUUAUGGAUGAGGAAACUCUGAAGAGAAAACAGAAGGAGAAGCUGAAGAAGCUGAUGGCGACAGGAGGCAACCCGAGGCCUGCACGCUCUCUGCUCUUCUUGACUCUGAGAAAUCCCUUCCGCAAGGCAUGCAUCAGUAUUGUGGAGUGGAAACCUUUUGAAGUCAUAAUCCUGCUGGCCAUCUUUGCCAACUGUGUGGCCCUGGCUGUGUACUUGCCAAUGCCAGAGGAAGAUAGCAACAACACCAACAGCAACUUGGAAAGCUUGGAGUACAUCUUCCUCAUCAUCUUCUCCGUUGAGUGUUUCCUGAAGAUUGUUGCCUAUGGAUUUCUUUUCCAUGCUGAUGCAUACUUAAGAAACUGCUGGAACAUUUUGGACUUUGUUUGUGUUUCUGUUGGUCUGUUCACUGUGGCUGUUGAUGCCAUUAACCACAUCAGUGGUGUUGAGGCUCCAGUUGGCGAAAAAGGUGGUGGCUUUGACAUGAAAGCCCUGCGGGCGUUUAGAGUCCUUCGACCACUCAGACUGGUCUCUGGAGUCCCCAGCCUGCAAGUGGUGAUGAACUCCAUACUGAAGUCCUUGCUGCCUCUCUUUCAUAUCACCCUUCUGGUCCUUUUUAUGGUCACCAUUUACUCCAUUAUGGGACUGGAGCUCUUCAAGUGCAAAAUGCACAAGACCUGCUACCACACAGGCACAAACAUUAUUGCAACAGUGGAAAAUGAGAAGCCAGCUCCAUGUGCCCAAGCAGGGAAUGGUCGACGUUGCACCAUCAAUGGCACAGAGUGUCGAGCUGGCUGGCCAGGUCCAAAUCAUGGAAUCACCCACUUUGACAACUUGGGCUUUUCCAUGCUGACUGUCUACCAGUGUAUCACCACACAAGGCUGGACGGAUGUUCUUUACUGGGUAAAUGAUGCAAUAGGAAUGGAGUGGCCAUGGAUCUUUUUCACCACACUCAUCCUGGUUGGCUCCUUCUUUGUGCUCAACCUGGUUCUGGGCGUACUCAGUGGUGAGUUCACAAAAGAGCGUGAGAAGGCCAAGUCCCGUGGAGAGUUUCAAAAGCUUAGGGAAACCCAGCAGCUGGAUGAGGAUCUUAAGGGCUAUAUGGAGUGGAUCACUCAGGCUGAGGUCAUGGAUAAUGACCAGGAGGGACAUGGUCUGCUCACGACAGUACAUGGAGGAUCAGAGUCCGGAAGUGUCAGCAAAAUGGAUACGUUGCAGUUGAUCAUCUAUUACUAUAAGCUGGCCCGUAAGUGGAAUCGUUGGUUACGACGUAAAUGCAGAGUUUAUGUCAAGUCCAGACUGUUCUACUGGUGGGUGAUUGUGCUCGUCCUCUUCAAUACACUGGCCAUCGCAACGGAACACCACAAGCAGUCUCAGAGACUCACAAAUUGGCAAGACAAUGCCAAUAAGCUGCUGUUGUCCAUGUUUGCCCUUGAGAUGUUCAUGAAGAUGUAUGCCCUUGGAUUGCCCUCAUAUUUCAUGUCUCUCUUCAAUCGCUUUGACUGCUUCGUGGUGUCUACUGGCAUCAUUGAACUCAUCCUUGUCCACAUGGGCGUCAUGUCAGUCAUGGGCAUCUCUGUGCUGCGCUGCAUACGCCUGCUUCGCCUCCUCAAAGUCACCAGAUACUGGACAUCUCUCAGUAAUUUGGUGGCUUCCCUCUUGAACUCAGUCCGUUCCAUUGCCUGCUUGCUGCUUCUCCUGUUCCUCUUCAUUGUCAUCUUCUCCCUGCUUGGUAUGCAGGUGUUUGGAGGGAAGUUCAAUUUUCCCAACCAGCCGAAACCCCGCAGCACCUUUGAUAGCUUCCCUCAGGCCCUCAUCACUGUGUUCCAGAUCCUGACAGGUGAGGACUGGAAUGCUGUCAUGUAUGAUGGCGUCAUGGCUCAUGGAGGACCAAGCAUGCCUGGUAUCCUCGUCAGCAUCUACUUCAUCAUUCUUUUUGUCUGUGGAAAUUUCAUCCUUCUAAAUGUGUUCCUGGCCAUUGCUGUUGAUAAUUUGGCAGAAGCUGAGUCUCUGACUUUGGCACAGAAAGAGAAAGCAGAGGACAAAAAACGCAAGAAAGCACUCAGAGCCAGCAUGCCUGAUAAGUCGUCAGAGGAGAAAGCAAACCUGGCAAAGAAGUUGGCUGAGCAAAGAGCCAAGGGGGUAGAGGGCAUCCCUACUACUGCCAAGCUCAAAAUCGAUGAGUUUGAGUCUAAUGUUAAUGAAGUCAAAGACCCUUUCCCUCCAGCAGAUUUUCCUGGUGAUGAUGAGGAAGAGGACCCUGAGAUCCCAGAUAGCCCCAGGCCUCGUCCAAUGGCAGAUCUGCAGUUGAAGGAGGAAGCAGUGCCGAUGCCAGAGGCCAGCUCAUUUUUCAUCUUUGGACCUCAGAACAAGUUCCGGAAGCUCUGCCAUCGUAUUAUCAAUGCAACUACUUUCACCAACAUCAUCCUCCUCUUCAUCCUACUGUCAUCUAUUUCUUUAGCUGCUGAGGAUCCAAUUGACCCCAUGUCCUUCAGGAACCAGGUGUUGGCCUAUGCUGAUAUAGUCUUUACUUCGGUGUUCACAGCGGAAAUUGUACUCAAGAUGACAACAUAUGGUGCAAUUCUUCACGAAGGGUCUUUCUGCCGGAAUUCUUUCAACAUCUUGGAUCUUCUGGUCGUCAGCGUUUCUCUCCUCUCAAUGGGCAUGGAAUCCAGUGCCAUCUCAGUUGUGAAGAUUCUCAGAGUUUUAAGGGUACUCAGGCCCCUGAGGGCCAUCAACAGAGCCAAGGGUCUCAAGCAUGUGGUUCAGUGUGUGUUUGUCGCCGUCAAGACCAUUGGAAAUAUUGUUCUGGUCACCAUGCUACUGGACUUCAUGUUUGCCUGCAUUGGAGUCCAACUUUUCAAAGGCAAGUUCUAUGCCUGCACAGAUCCUGACAAAAUGACAGAGAAUACAUGCAAAGGCUGGUAUAUAAAGUACCAGGAAGGAGCACUUCAUGAAAUGGAAGUCCAUAGGAGGGAGUGGGCCAAUUCAGAGCUAAACUUUGAUAACAUCUUUAAUGGAAUGCUGGCUCUCUUCACCAUUUCUACAUUUGAAGGAUGGCCAAAGAUACUAUAUAAAGCCAUUGAUUCAAACUUAGAGGAUACAGGUCCAGUGUACAACAACCGAGUUGCCAUUUCAAUCUUCUUUAUCAUCUACCUCAUCCUUAUCGCCUUCUUCAUGAUGAAUAUAUUUGUGGGCUUCGUCAUCGUCACCUUCCAGGAGCAAGGAGAACAGGAGUAUAAGAACUGUGAGCUGGACAAAAAUCAGCGCCAGUGUGUGCAGUAUGCUCUUAAGGCCCGUCCAUUGCGAUGUUAUAUUCCCAAAAAUCCCUACCAGUAUCAGGUGUGGUACAUCGUCACUUCCUGCUACUUUGAGUACCUUAUGUUCCUCCUUAUUAUGCUCAACACCAUGUGCCUGGGAAUGCAGCACUGCAACCAGUCAGACCAUGUUACUCACCUGUCUGACAUGCUGAAUGUGAUUUUCACUGUGCUGUUCACCGUGGAGAUGAUCCUUAAACUCAUGGCCUUCAAAGCUAAGGGUUAUUUUGGAGAUCCCUGGAACGUCUUUGACUUCGUCAUCGUCAUAGGAAGUGUUGUCGAUGUCAUGCUGAGUGAAAUUGAUGCAGCACUAGCCUCCUCUGGAGGACUUUACUGUCUUCAUGGCUGCACAGCAGUGGAUCCCAUGCAAGCAAUUGCAUCCUCUGAGAACAUGAGUGUAUCAGUCACAUUCUUCAGACUGUUUCGUGUCAUGCGUCUAGUGAAACUUUUGAAUCGCUCUGAGGGGAUACGGAAUCUUCUGUGGACUUUCAUCAAAUCACUUCAGGCUCUUCCUUAUGUAGCACUGCUCAUUCUCAUGCUGUUCUUCAUAUAUGCUGUUGUGGGAAUGCAGAUAUUUGGUAAAAUUGCAUUGGUUGAUGGCACAUACAUCAACAGGAACAACAACUUCCAGACAUUUCCACAGGCUGUUCUGCUGUUAUUCAGAUGUGCGACAGGGGAGGCAUGGCAUGAAGUGAUGUUGGCGUGUAUGUAUGGGAAAAAGUGUGACCCCAAGUCGGAUUACCUGCCUGGGGAAGAGUACACCUGUGGAUCCAACUUUGCCAUCAUCUACUUCAUGAGCUUCUACAUGCUCUGUGCCUUUCUGAUCAUAAAUCUAUUUGUGGCUGUCAUCAUGGAUAACUUUGACUACUUGACACGUGAUUGGUCAAUCCUUGGACCCCAGCACUUGGAUGAGUUCAAGAAAAUCUGGGCAGAAUACGAUCCUGAGGCCACGGGCCGUAUUAAGCACCUUGAUGUGGUUACACUCCUACGGAGAAUACCUCCACCGCUGGGCUUUGGAAAGUUUUGUCCUCAUCGUAUCGCCUGCAAGAGGUUGGUCUCCAUGAACAUGCCUCUCAACAGUGAUGGAACAGUCACCUUCAAUGCUACAUUGUUCUCUUUGGUGAGAACUGCACUGAAAAUAAAGACAGAAGGUAAUUUUGAACAAGCCAAUGAGGAGCUGAGGGGAAUUAUCAAGAAGAUUUGGAAGCGAACCAGUAUGAAACUGCUGGAUCAAGUCAUCCCACCUAUAGGAGAUGAUGAGGUGACAGUGGGAAAGUUCUAUGCCACCUUUCUAAUCCAGGACUAUUUCAGGAAAUUGAAGAAGAGACAAGAAGAGUACUAUGGCUACCACCCCACCAAGAAAAAUGCUACCCAUGAGAUACAGGCAGGGCUGAGGAACAUUGAGGAGGAGGCAGCACCGGAGCUCCAUAGAGCCAUCUCUGGAGACCUUGUGAACGAAGAGGAAAUAGAACAAGCUGUGACUGAAGCUGAUGUGGAGGGUAUCUUCAGGAGCCAAGGUAUUCACUUUGGAAACCACUCAGACCCCUUCUCUGCAGAGAGUGAAAUAGCCAAUGGCAGCCAGGCCACUAGCCAGCGGCCUCUGCAGAUGGCAGAGGGAGUCAUCACCAACAAUAUGAAUAUCACCAACACAAGUCACAGUAUUUAUUAGCAGUCAUUUUGAAGAUUUGGAACCACUGAAAUCACUCACCACUGAGUGCUUCAAAGCCAUCACCUCUGACUUUGGAAAAAUGGAGAUGGCAGGACCUUCUCAAUGGACACAGGGAGGACUGUGAAAAAAGGGGCAACGACUACCAACCCUGCUAACACCACUUUCACCCAUUGUAGAGCAUUAGGCUUAGGACUAGGAGGAAAAACUUGUAUUUGUUAAUGUUAGCUAAAAUUGAAGACAUGUAAAACCACACUCCCUGCUGCAAGACUUUACUUGUACAAUUAUUAAACACUGAACUGGUGUGAACUUUUGCUGUGGUUAUGCUCUAUCAUGAAUAAAUACUACUUCAUUUAGACUUA